AUGGCCAACACAUGGAAACAUGCCGUCCAGAAGGGUGUCAUCCAUAGCAUGGAAAUCCUCAAGGUCAACUGGCACUUCGGAUUCACAGCAUUUGGCGGUCCUCCCGUUCAUUUCAAGAUUUUCUACGACAAAUUUGUAACAAAGCUCAACUGGAUAGACGAGCAAUUGUAUCAAGAGCUCUUCAGCAUCUCACAAGCUCUCUCUGGCCCCGCUAGCACGAAAAUGCAUUACUGUAUAAACCUCAUCCACGACGGCUUACUCGGUGCUACACUUGGAUUCAUCACCUGGAGUCUACCAGGUGCUCUGGGCAUGUUCGGUCUAUCGAUUGGUAUAGCCAGUAUCGACGAGAGUCUUCCUCGUGCCGUCUAUGCGGUGCUGUCAGGUCUCAAUGCCGCUACGGUUGGUAUCAUUGCCCUGGCAGCAGUUGAGCUGUCGAAUAAAGCUAUCACGGACAAACUCACGAGGAUCGUGGUCUUUCUCACUGCCACUGCAGGAAUGCUGUACAAUGCGCUGUGGUACUUUCCCGUUCUUAUGUUUGCUGCUGGGUGCAGUACUGUUGCAUACGACUACCGCUGGCUGCAUCGACCUACCAAAGCGAUAUUCAGCCUGGUCCGGGGUAUACGAGCUAAACCGUCGGAUAGAGGGGGACAGAGAGGUAGGAAUGAAGGCGCAGCCUUGGAAUCAAAUUCUUCCAUAGCGCUCGACGCUCAGAGCCGGUAUUCCGCUCAAGACCCGGAGCCACGCACGAUACCACAGGGCCGUCGCUUGCGCUUCUCCUGGAAGUCUGGUGCUGUGGUUAUUGCAGUAUUCCUUCUCUCCUUCAUCGUCGUCAUGGUCCUCCGCGGGGUCUUAUCCCACCCUCCGCUCCUGUACAAACUCUUCGCUAAUCUCUACCUGGCGGGAACUAUCAUUUUUGGUGGCGGUCCAGUCGUCAUUCCCCUGCUCAGAGAAUACAUCGUCGCCGAGGGAUGGGUCAGCCCGCGCGAUUUCCUCAUCGGGCUUGCUGUUAUUCAAGCAUUCCCUGGGCCGAACUUCAAUUUCGCCGUGUUCUUGGGCGGCUUAACUGCUAUCCACGGCGGAUAUCCCGCUGUCACUGGAGCUGUCGUUGCCUUUUUCGGGAUAUUCACUCCGGGUAUUGUCCUUGUUCAUGGGACAAUGGGCGUCUGGGGCGUCUUGCGGAGUCGACGUUGGGUGAAAUCCGCUGUGAGAGGUGUCAAUGCUGGAGCUGUGGGGUUGAUCUAUACGGCGGUCUACCGUAUAUGGCAGGUUGGCUAUCUCGAUGAAGGGUUCCAGUCGGGCAAGAGUUUGGGAGAUGAUCCGUGGUGGGUGGUUGUGACUGCUACUAGCUAUGUGGGUGGGCGAUACUUUGGCGUUGCGGCACCGUUGGCUAUUCUACUCGGUGCUGUGAUGGGCUUGAUCAGAUACGGGGUGGUUCAGUCUUCUCUAUAG